AUGAUAAACUUCGAUUCGGUUAACAACACGACUCAUCGAGGACGUGAUUUGGUAAGUGUUAUUGAAUAUUAUUAUUUAUAUGUAGUCUAUAUAGUUGUCAAUACACGUGUUGAAAAAACUAAAUGUAUAAAAUAUUCAAAACAAAUAAGCUUAUCUCUCAAAUAAAUGAAAAAUAAAUACAUAUAGGUAUUAGGUAGUGUUUGAAUUACACUUGAUCAAUUUAAUCUGAAUACCCACAGUAGUACCUAUAGUACCUAUAGGCUAUACUAAAUACUAUAUAUAACAUAAUUUACUAUCUAAUAUUACGUAAAUAAUUUACACAAUUACAUUACGUAAAAAAAUGUGCUAGGUAACUAUAAUAAAUUGAUUUGAAAUAUAAAGGAUCUUCCAAGUUUCAUCAUGUUACAGUCAAAUUUUCCAUGUAAUAUUAAUUUUAUCAAAAAAUGACUUGUAUAAAACCUUUUAGAAUUAUAUAUUCUAAAAAUAUUACAUGUUCUUCUUAUUUUCGGAGUUGAAACGGUUACCUAUUUUUGAUUUUCAAAUAUCAAUUAUAAAUGCCAUAAAUAUAAACUAAUACUCAGUGUAUUAGUUUAAAAUAAUUUGGUGUUGAAAUUUUUGAUUUUCAUCUAUACGCUAAAUUUGGGUAAGGAUAUAGAGUAGUGGAGCAUAAUUUGUGAGGCAGCAGAGUACGUGGUAAUACAACAGUGCUCCUCUACUUUCCGCGCACCUAAAACUUAAAAAUGGAAUAUCUCGUUAAUGGGUUGGCGGAAAUCAAAUAUGUCAACUCCUAAAUAUAUUCAAAGUAAUACUCCGUCUAUUUAAGGAAUUUUUUAAUGUAGCUUGCUAUUUGAAAAUCAAAAUUAGAUAAUCGUUUUACACUUAAAAAUAAAGACAAUGUAGCAUAUUUUUAGAAUAUAUGAUUAUAAAAAGUUUUUAAAUAAUUUAUAUAUUGAAAAAAUUAGAAAUUCAUUGAAAAUUUAAUAGUAACAUGGAAGACCAUGUAUAAUGUGUAAUAUAUGUAUAAUAAUCAAAUCAAUUGAUCCAGCAGUAUUUAUUUGUUCUCUUAAUUUUCUCUUUCACCUAUUUUUAGUUAUAUGGACCUAUUAGUUAUAAAAAAAAUGAUAAUAGAUGGAUACAUUUAUUAUAAUAAACAUAUUUUAUUAUAUUAUUACUUUAUACAAAAAAAUCAUAAAUUAUUUUUGCCGGUUCUUUUUUUAAAUAUUGAUUGUAGAUUGAUUCAGGUGCGAUAGGUAUUUGUUUUGUGAAAUAAUAAUAUUUAUUUUUAUUUUUAUAACUUAAUAUAAAUAUUAUAUUUUCAUUAAAUAUGUCAUCACUAUUAAGGUAAUCAUCACCAAUCAUUGAAUGCAGAAAGGGCAUAUUUUCAAAUUUCAAAAUGUCUCAAAAAAUUAUUACUUACCUGCUUAAUAUCCGAAAAUAAAUGUAAAACAAAUUUUAUGUUAAUAACUAAUAAUGGUAUAGUAUUAAUUUCAAAUAAUGUCUAUAAGUUUCUACAGUAAUUUUAUGGAAUGUUAUAAAACUAGAUGCUUAAAGAGGUUUUUGAUCUUCCUUGAAAAAUGUUAAAAUUUGAACAUGUAAACUUUCUGCAUUUAGCGAUUUAUAUAUCAGGUAUGUGUGGCUUUAUAUAAUAUUUCUAUAUACCUAUAUAGAGUUUACCUAAUCGCGGUUCGUUCUUUUGAUCUUUAUAAAACUUAUACGUAUUCAGAACACAUGUGAAAAUUAGCAAUACACAGUGCAUGUCUUGAAGUCUCAUUUCGAUGCAAUACGGUAUUGUAUUAUUCCUUGACAGGUGAAAGUCGGUACUUCUUAAGAAUAAAAUCACAAAGGAAAACGGUUUGACGAAAAAAAAAAAUAAAACAAAAAUAUUGACACUGUCAAAAAUUAUAGUGUCGAAAUAGUAGUGCUUUGAGCUAGGUAAAUAAGGUAGGUAGGGAUAUAAGGUACCUAUAAUUACCUAAACAUAGGUAUACAUAUACAGACAUUUAAGAAUAGUUGUACUUCCCUAAUUUGGUCUUCAGUUAUUCAUUUCGAAAAUAUUACAAUAGGUUAAUAGGUUUAAUGAAUUAGGUAUUCCGACUUUAAAUCCAAAACUUGAAAUUGUUACAGAGAAUACCUAUCUAUUUGUAUAAAAUAAAAUAGAUUGCUUACCGAAUUUAUAAAAAUAUUACAAUUUAAUAGUAUGCAUAUUGAUAUAGGUACUAUAUAAAUAUUAUAGUGUACUAUAAUAUAACUAGUUAUAUUUUGAUUUAUAGGAAAAAAGGAAAAAACAAGAAAGAAAAAAGUCAAUUCUCUAUUUGAUAGAAAAUUAUUUAAACACAGAAGGGUAUGUUCCAGUUUUAUAUACAUCGCACAUUAGGAUUAAAUUCAUAUAAAAUAAAAUACAUACAUUAUUCAUUUAUAAUACUCCAUUUUUUAAAUAUAAUUUCAUGUUCAAUUCUUACCAAAAAUAUUGGUCAACUUACCUACUGUUUAUAUGCAUUAUUUUUUUUUAUAAAUCGAAUACACUUUUAAUGCAAUAAAAUAAUGCACAAGAAACGUGAAAGUUAUACAUUUAUUUUACGUAUUGGGUUUACUUUAUACAUCGUACAAUUUAUAAACACGCACUAAUAUAUUUAAAUAGUAAGAAAUUUAUGAUUGCUAUUUUAGUCCUAUAAUAGGUUUUCUUAGUUCAAAUAAUGAAAUGAUGAAAUUAUAGUAAAUGUACAUGACAGUAAAAAAGAAUGCACGAGACAGAUUAUGGUGAUUUUAGUAUUUAGUUUUUCUAUUUAAACAAGACGAAGGAAGAAAUACAUUAUUAUGCACACAUUUUAAAAUUGUUCAAAGUUGUAGAUAUUAAAUAUCUUUUUUCACCUUGAGCAUAAUUUUUAUUUUUAACAAAUAACUGUUAUAAUUAUCGUACUUUUGUGGUGUGUAAUAUUUUUAAGUUUCUUUUCUUAUAAUAAUAUUACUGAAGUGUUAAUUUAUUAAAAAUUUUAGAUUCUGAGUGGAGCGAAAAAACUUAUGGUUUUUCAAUGAUGUUUAUUAAUAUUACUUUUUUUUUUAUCUGUGCGUAACUUUUCUACCAGAAAUCUUGCUCCGAUUUUUAAAUGUAGCAACUUUUCUAAAAUGAAAUCGGACUGGGGAGGUACCAAGGAAGUAUUUUUUCAAUUUUUUCAUCAAAUGUGAAAAACCAGGAAAAUCGGUAUAUUAAACAAAUAUUAUUAAAGAAAAUAUAUAAUGCCUAUUUAAUUAUUUUACCAUUAAAUGACAUAUAUAUAUUAUUGACAAAGCAUCAUACUAUCAACUGAACUACGCUCAGAAUCAUUUUUUGUUAGCAAUGGUUUAUCGUUGCAGCUUACAGGUAUAGGUACAUUCAAUUACUUAUAACAGUGGCUGCCCCCGUAUCCAUUAUCCUAGGACAGCAUUUUAGUAAUUGUUUAUUCCCCCCCUCCUCCUGAAAUUUUACCUAUGGGAGCCCGUGACUUUGUAUAUAAUAUAAUGUAUUAAUCCGAGAGGGAGGACACUAGAUAAAACCCCUUGGGGGGGGGGAUUUCUGGCUACAUCGAUGUAUUCGUCGUUAAUCGCAUAGUAUAAUAUAUUAUUAUAUAUUUUUAGACACAAAUAAAUUGAUUUUAAAUUAGUUUUUAUGACUUCGAUAUACUGCAAUAUAAUAAUAUGUUAUGUUAAUUCGAAGUUAUUAUUACGCAGAUACCAGAGAUUGAAAAAGUAAUCUUAAUAAUUAGAAAAGCAUAUGGGUAGGUACCAUAUUAUACAAUUUGUAUUUGUAAUUACACAAUAUAUAAUUUGCGUUACAAAUAAUGAUUUGUGUAGUAUGUAAAAUGAUUGUACCUGCAUUUAUAAGUGUUAGUGAAAUUUAAAUAUUUAAUAUACAAUAUCCCGAAGGGGAUAUAUUAAUUAUACACCAGUAAUAUUGACAACUAAACUGGUAAUAAAUAUAAAAUUUAACUAUUUUAGCAUUUCGUGUUUUUUUUUUUUUUACGCGCUUUAUAAGCGAUAAAAUAUAUUUUAGGUUAGAUAUAGUACAUAUAGAUAUUUUCUCAAUGAUUACGAAACUUUUCAACCUAUACAAUUUUAAAGAAAUAUAACACCUUACAGUGAUAUCUUAUAUAUUUUUUUUAAUCCCAAAUUAUUAUUAUGAAUGAUAAAAGUCUUACAGUUUUUUUUUAAAACAAUAAAACAAGUAUCAUAUUAUUAGAGUUAUCUUUAUAUAUUAUAUUAAUUCGCUUUUAGCGUAGUUGAGUAGUUCGUAUCAUAAUCGUAGGACAAAAUCAAUGAUAUAGUUUUUAUAAAACAGGUAUACGACAACUGCAUCAACUUUAGUCGGAGAAGCUUGUUUAAAUACAUGUAAUCAUGUAGUUUGCGAUAACAUAGAUUUAGAUACUAUUCUUAUAGAAUAUGAAAAUUAUUAUUAUUUACGUUAUCAAAAAAAACCAAAAAUCAUUAAACCAUUGGAUAUUGUUAAAACUGACAACCAUCAUGCUACAAACAACAACAAAAACAAAAACAAAAACACAAAAAAAUUAAACUCAAUUAAUCAACCCUCACGAGACGUUCAAUCAUUAGAUACAAGUUUUAUUACAGUAACUCCUAUGAGUAAUUUUUGCGAUGAAACUUUAGAACAGGAAUACGCAAUCCCUUCAAUCGAUCUCAGUCAUUGGAAAGACGAAUGGCAAGUUUUUGCCGAAAUUAUAUCGAAAGUAAUCAUUAAAAAUAAAUUUAAAUUUAUUUACACGCACGAUCAAAAUACUAACGUAGGUACAACUAAUGAAGUAUUAUAAUACAUAGGAAAUUUUAAUGACCAAUCCAAAUGUGAAAUGGUCAGAUAUUAAAGGACUUUCAACGCCGAAAAAACUAUUACAUGAAGCAAUUGUAUUACCAACAAAAUAUCCAGACUUAUUUACUGGACUUUGCACCCCGUGGACUGCAAUGCUGUUGUAUGGUCCUCCCGGUACAGGUAUACAUAAUAAAUAUUAGGUGGUAUAUCGAUAAGCUUUAUGAUAAAGCUUAUCAAUAUAGAUCAAUUUUAUUUUUACUUUAUCAAUUAUAAAUAAAGCCUUUAUCUAUAAUUGCGAAGAUUUGAUUAAGAUUUUUUUCAAAUAUAUCUACCCUUUUAACAGGAAAAACAUUGCUUGCUAAGGCGGUGGCAACUGAAUGCCAAACAACAUUCUUCAACAUUACACCAAGUACACUAGUUUCUAAAUGGCGAGGAGAUUCUGAAAAACUUAUAAAAGUUAUGUUUGAAAUGGCAGAACAUAUGUCACCAAGUACAAUAUUUAUUGACGAGUUGGACACAAUAGCAUCAAAACGUAUUGAUCACGAGGCUUCGCGUAGAUUAACGUCUCAAAUAUUAAUACAUAUGGAUGGUCUUUUGAGUUUAGAAAAACGUAUAUUUUUGUUAGCAACAUCAAAUCACCCUUGGUAAAAAUUUAAUGUUAUUCGUAUUUAAGUUAUAAAGUAUUUCGAAAAUUAAUCCACAGUAGGUACCUAAUUGCAGAGAAUCCAUAAUUUUAGCCUAAAAUUUGCUUGUGUACGUAACUACCUAAUAAAAUUGUAGAAAUGUAGAAUGGACUCCCAGAAUUUAGUUUGUAACCGAUAAUUUGUAUAUUAUAGGACAUUGAUAACAAAAUAUUCUUCUAAAAAGAGCUGAUACUGCUGAUGAGAUGCAACUGUUGUAUAGAUGGAAAGUUGUGAGUAGGUAGAAUACAUAGUUACUCAAUUUUUGUCGGUGCGCAACGAUAAAUUACGUAUUACUACCGAAAUACAAUUCCAAGCGAAGUUCGACUGUACAUAUUUUGAAAUACUGUAAUGUCUACAAUUUUCGUUAAAACUUGAUCCUAAAAAGCUUAUAAAAAAACUACUAUUACUGCAACUACUACUUUACAUUAAGCUCAACUUCAUAACACCUAAAAAUAUAUCCGUGUUGUUUACGUUUGUUCCAACUAUAUUACAAAAAUCUGUUGGAAAAUAAAAAUUGAUUAUCUAACUUACUAAUUAAAAAUAAAUCAGUAAAAAUGACCAUAUCCCCAAUGAAUCAACUAAAUCCAAAAUGUAAUAAAAAAAUCUUUUGCAAUUUUUUUGAUUGGAGUAAGAUUUCUUGUAGAAAAUGUAUUAACAGCAAAAAUAUACCCAUGUUACAAAAUCACACAUUAAAACUAAUACAUUUCUACUAUGCUCAGAAUACUAAGCUUGGUACGUUUAAUAAUAAAACAGAAAUUUAUUUAAAUUAAUAAAAACUUAUGUUAAUUCGUACUUACUUGCAUUAUUCAUAUCUUCGUCAAACUAAUCUGGAACUAUUAGCCGUCAGGAUGAAUUUCCGAAAACGGUGUUAACUGCACAGGUAUGUUCCACCAACUGAUGGAAAAUGAAUAAAACUUAAUAAAAGACCUUAAAACGUUAAAAUCGCGCUAUAUUAUUAAUUAAAUAAUUAAUUAAGCAUACGUCGCACCAAGACAUCUACGAACGAAAUGGAAAGUAGUAGGCUAAUUUAAAUGGAUAGCGUCCAAAAUAAUUUUAAAUUAAAAAAUCAGGAGUUCUUAAAUUUUUAAGUUACAUUUUCAAUAUAAGCAGCAACAUAUAGAAUGUAGAACCGAUCGAUGCGUUCGUAACGAAAUAAACAUUACAGAAAAAUUAGAAAAAAAGUAACAUUUUUAUUGAUUACCAUUCCACCUCACAGUAUUCUGUUUUUCAUUAGAUAAAUGUUACCGGGUGAUAAACAUUUAAAAUGUUAGGUCAGCGUUAUCCCUAUUUUUUUUUUUUUGUAGGACAGGUUGUUGAAACUAUUAUACCCAUUUUUGAGUUUUAAAUAGCAAUCUAUAUUAUAAAUUCCAUAAGUAGACGAAGUUUUAAAUUAAAUACAUUUUUAUAUUUUAAUUUUCAAUUUCUGUUAGCCCGUUGACGAGCUAUUAAAAGUGAAAUUUUGUUUACCAUGUAUUGUUGUUACGUGGAAUGUAUGUGGAACACUAUUUAAACGCCGUGCGCCACGACUGCCGUACAAAUUAUGUUCUACCACUCUCUUCCGGCUCAUACUUUAAAAGUGACAUAUAAGUAUCUCGUAAAAGGGUUGACAGGAACAUUUCAAUAUCAAAAUUUAUUUUAAACUAAAAUUUUUAUCUAUUUAUGAUAUUUAGAAAAACGGGUAAUAGUUUCACACUCUAAAAUAAGGAAGACAAAAAAUAGCGGUUAUAUAACAAUUUAGAUCUGCGUUUAUUCUUUUAAAUGUUCCAAAAAACAGAUUUCAAUAAAAAUUAAUGCUUUCCAAGAUAAUGAGUGUCUUUAACGAUAAAUUGAUAUGCCUGUAUAAUACGUUUAUGAAUUUAUUAAAUAAUAUAUUUUUUUGAAAGAAUCAAACAUUAUUUAAACUGUUAAAUAUAAACCUACCUACCUGUUUAAAAUUACUUUUAAACUUUUUUUCUGAGGUGUACUCUAAUGUACCCUUUAAUGUAAUAGUUUGAGAACAACUCGCAUCAAUAACAAAAUAUGCAGUUUACUGAAUAAAAUAUUUUUUAAGAAAAAACAAAAAAAACCUAAGCAUAGACGUUUUACAAUAUUGUGCCAAGAACAUUAAAAACUAAGGCUGGUACUAUGAUUAAAUGAAUCAAAACGCUCCAUUAAAAGAUUAAUAAUAAUAAUAAUAAUAAUAAUAAUAAUAAGCCAGUAAUAUACUGCGGGUGUUUUGUUGAUCGUGCUUGUCCCUCAUUCCUCUUUUAAGAAUGUCUCAUUUAAAAUAGGGAAUUUGUUUGUUCACAAAAUAUUAUAGAAGCAACGGAAUCACUCGAUAAGAAGUAUUAUUAUUUACAUACAUUUUUUUUAUAACUAUAAAGACAUAAAAUAAUAAAAAGAGUGAUUUUUCAAACACGAUCAUCCCAUUUUUACGGUUAAACUAUUUAUAAAUUUUAAUUUUAAUUCUUGAAUUUAUUUUAAAAAAAGAACUCUUAUAAAUUUCGGAUAAAGUUGAUUACAGACAGAACAAAAUCGCACACAGCAUAGUAAACCCAAUAGGUUUCAAACGGAAUUCUCAUAGGGAAUAAGAGAGAUGUGUAAGAUCAAGUGAACUAAAAUUAUUAUAGUAGGGAUAUAUAUAUAUAUACAUAUAAAAAAAAAUAAUUAAUAAUUUAAAUGACUAUAAGUACCUCAGAAAUGGUUGGACGAAAUAAUGUAACAUGCAAUUGUAUCAUGUCUUUCAGGAGGUAAUAUAAAUACCUAUUCGAUAAAAUUUUUAAAUCUCUACAAUUUUUUAAAGCUUUUAGAUUGUGGGUGGAGUAAAAAAAGCUUAUGGUUUUAAAAUAAUGUUUUUUUUUGUCUUUAGAUCUUUUAGAGAGGUCUUUAUUUUUGAUUUUCCUAACAAAUGGGAAAAAACUAAAAAAAAAACUGAGAAUAAAUAAGAAAAUAUACGAAAUGUAUUAGUAAAAUAUUACGGUCUUUUUUCUAGUUUACUUUUCUACCAAUAAUUUUGCUCAGAUUUACAAUAAUAGCACUUUUUCUAAAGGGAAAUCUGACUGGGGAGGUCAUUUUAUGAUAUUUAACAGUAAAUGGGAAAAACCAGGAAAAAAUAGGAAAAUAGGUACAAUAUUAAAUAAAUAUUAUUAAAGAAAUUAAAUAAUAAUUAAUUAUUUUACCAUAAUAUGACAUAUAUAUUGAUGCCAAAGCAACAUUAUCAACCGAACUCCACUCAGAAUCGUGAUUUCGUUAGCAAUGGUUUUUGUGUAUCGUUGCUUAUAUACAUUAAAUUUCCUCUAUUACCUUCCCAACAUCAUACCUAUAACAGUAACUGCACCCGUCCCCAUUAUCCUAGGACAGCUUUUUCUUUAACUUGCCUUUUGAGUCGUGUUACGAUGAAAUCCUGCAAUCCAUUUUUGAUUCACUUUUCGAGGUCUAGUCGAUUUGUACGUCAAUACAUUAAUUAAUCAUAUUUUCCGUUUUCACUUCCAUUUUAAAAGGAAGUUUAAACACGUGUAUGGUAACACACAUACCUAUAACUUUUUAUAAAGUUGUAUGUAUUAUGUACUCCAUCGUCAAACCGUAACAUCCCAACAAGCAAUCAGAGGAUUCGCAGAGAAUGAAAGAGAUGAAAUAAGGAACAUUGCAAUUAUUUCGUAAAAACCGCUUAGAUUAUGACCACGGAGUAAGAUAUAAUGGGUUGGUUACGAGAUGAAGUUUACCAAUGAUAAUUGGCAACACAUAAGUAUGAUACAAAAGAUAAGUGUGGUGGUUUAAAUCUAAAAUCGUGAUACACAAAAUCUGUUGACUAAAUUGGCAUAAGUAACUGCUAAUUUCCAAGCUAAAUAACUAACUUUUGGUGGCUUAAAUAAAGAAAUUAUAAAGAAAUUACAUUUACACUGGUGGAUUAUUUCACACUACAAUUACGCAUAUUAUUACUACAAUUUAUAUCAACUAAUUAAAAAUUGUUUAAUAAUAAAUGCCUCCAUGUGAAAAUGUAAGAAUAUGAAUUAUUUUUAUAAUAAUAAUAAUAAUAAUGGUAAUUAAUACAAAUGUGGUUCCAAAUAAAACCACUGGCAACGCUAAAACCCGUUGGUCUACAAUGCUGUUAAGAGAGGAAACUUUUGCGGCCAGUCCUCCGUCAUCCGCCACUAUGUGAUCAACCCAUUAUAUCUUAGUCCGUGAUUAUGACUAAAAAAUUGGAAAUAAAUAAACAAAUGGUUUUUCUUUAAAAAAAAAUCGUAGUAAAAAGUAAAAGAAAAUUUUUUCGAAAAUAAACAUUUUUAUAAUCAUUAUGAAUGAUUAAAACAGCGUAUACUCAAAAACAAUAAUUUUAUUAUUUUCGACGUAUUUAAUAUUAUAUUAAAGCGUUGUAUCAUUAACUCAGCGUUUCAAUAAUAGUAAAACCAAUACAUUUCUCUGUGCGGCCAGAAUCUAAAAUAUUUGCACAGAAACACGUUUAUUAAUAUUAUUCAUUUGAAUUAACAUAUUAUUUUGAUAAAUCAUUUAAAAAAAGAUUAUUUUGUAGCUUCUUUGUUCAUUAUUGUUACGUACGUUAUUUUAACAUUUAUACGUUUAUCAGAAUGAUUCGCUUUUACCAAUUUGCACAUUUGUAAUAACAAAUUAUUAACGAUCAUAAUAUCUUGUAUCAUUUUAAGGGAAUUAGAUUCUGCGAUUCUUCGUCGUUUUGAGAAACGUAUUUUAGUUGAUUUGCCUGACGUUCAAGCCAGGAAAGAUAUGUUUCUAUUUUAUCUAUCGGAAAUGUUGGAAAAAAACAAGUACAUCAAAUGCGAAAUAGAUAGCGACAGUCUUGCUCAGGUAAAUGUUUUAAAUCAUCACACAUCUAUCUGAUAUUUUGUUAUUAUUAUGAUUGUUUUUCUAUUUAUAGAAAACGAAUAGUUAUUCUGGUUCAGACAUAAAACUCGUUUGUAAAGAAACAGCGAUGCAAGCUAUGCGUCUGGUAUUCAACGGUUUAGAAAACAAAAUUUGUUCGAGUAACAAUCUCAACCUUACGAUAACAACUAACGAUGUUAACAAUUCGAUUUCAAAAACAAAACCAUUGACGAGUGAAACGGAUAAUAACAAAUAUACAGUUUGGCAAUCACAGUAUGCGUCACAUUAAUAGUUCAGUUCGGUGAAUUGGGUAUUUUUUGUAAUUAUUACUAUAACAUUUGUGAAAAAUGUUAGUAC